UCUCACCUGAAACAAUUAAUUCCUCUUAACUCUCUCUCAUCACUUCUUCAAACUUCUCACUCCAAAAUUUCGAAAACCCCAUUUCUUCAAGUCCCAAUUUAUUACACUACCAUGUACCAGUACCAACAUGGCAGUUUUCCGGCGACAAAUUUCGGGGAAUUGCCGGUGUAUCACCGGAGCUCGAGCUUCAGUAGUCUCAUCCAAUGCUUGUCAACAGAUACUUGGGGAGACUUACCGUUAAAAGUCGACGACUCGGAAGACAUGGUUAUAUACGGCCUUUUACGUGACGCCGUCAGUGAUGGAUGGACGCCGUUUAAUUUAAUGGCGACGGGCGUUAAGCCUGAGCCGGAAGAUGAGUCCGCGGAGCUGCCUACGACUCCGAGUACGGCUACGCCUACGCCUGAAUUGGAGGCUCCCGUGGUGGCGCCGCCCAAGAGGAGGAAUUUCAGGGGGGUGAGGCAAAGGCCGUGGGGGAAGUUCGCGGCGGAGAUAAGGGACCCGGCGAAGAACGGCGCUAGGGUUUGGCUCGGGACGUACGAGACGGCGGAGGAAGCCGCGCUGGCUUAUGAUAAAGCGGCUUUUAGGAUGCGUGGCUCGCGUGCUUUGCUGAAUUUUCCACACCGAGUCGGCUCGAACGAGCCUGAUCCGGUUAGAGUCACGGCUAAACGGAGGUUAGCAGAGCCGACUUCGUCGCCGUCUUCGGACAGUGGCUCGCAGAAGCGGAUAAAGAAUGGAGAAGUGGAUGAACAAGCCGAAUUUGAAAUGAAGGACGAAUCGAGUGUGUUUCAAAUUGGCUGUCAAAUAAGAGAAUUGCCAGUUGGCGAGCAAUUACUGGUUAGCUAGUAGGAUGAUAGUUUGUGUUCGACUGUAUUGUAAAAAAGGGCUUGCUUUAUGUGAAGGGUGUUGUUUGGUAACUAUGAAAUGAAACAAUACCAUAAUGUGAUAUGUUAAUUGUGAAAACGGCCACUAAUUAUUCAAAGGAUAAUGUUUAAUUACUAA